UGCUACGUUCUUCCCACUGAACUAAAAUGGCUGGCUGUUUUUUACCGCGUUAUGUUUUUCUUAAAUAUAGGGGAGAGACUGAGAAAGAAAUAGACGUUUAACUGUUAUUAGUGAUCUGAAUGUUGUUUGAAUAUAAGUAUCUUUAAUUUCUAUGUUAAAAGUAUACAUUGUGAAAGUUGAUAUAAACAAGAAUUGUGUGAUAUUACUUUCGUAACUGUCACAUUUGACACGUAGUGUUAAUAAAAAAAAGAAUUAACUUAAUAUAUUCUAUACAUUAUUAAAUGAUAUUAGUUACAAUCUUGUUCAUAACGUCAUUCAAUGAAUUACAAUUUACUUAACGUUUGAUCUAUCUCAUUAUAAAUGGCAAUUCAAGGUGUUGCUAUAGUAGCGCUUACAGUUGGUUUAGCAAGUUUAUUAUAUUAUAUUUUUGCUAAUAAUGGAGCACAAGAAGAGCCAUAUGGAUAUGGAAAUUCUAGAGGUUCCAAUGGUUCAGAUUUUGGAAGGUUACCCAAUUAUUUCACCUCCUUGGAUCAAUCAUCAAACAAUGAACAACAAAAUCAACGUCAGAGAAGACGAUCAAAGAAAUUGCAGAAUGAAAAUACUAUCUGCAUUAUCUGUAUACAAGAACUUUCAGAUCAACGUAAAAUGCUUCCAUGUAAUCAUUCGUUUCAUGAAAAAUGUAUUAAUACGUGGAGAUUGCAAGGUCCAACGGGAUCACGUAAUACUUGCCCUAUCUGCAGGAAGAUUUAUGAAACUAUUUAGUUUUAUAAAUGGGUAGUGUUCAUUUUUUGACACAAAGUUGUAAUUAUGAAGUAUUUAAUAAAAUAUGAUACUUUAUACACAAGGUAAAAAUUCGUUUUUUAUUAUAUAGUGAUAGAAAUAUAUUGCUACAGCUAUUGUUAAAAUAAAGUUUGUAAAAUCAUGUGAUUUUGUUAAUAAAUA